AUGAUUUUGAAUGGCCGCGUUCUGUUCGGAGUAGGAGGAGGACAAAAACAACAACAACAGCAACAACACAGAAGAGGAAGUUUCGCGAGAGAAAGCGCAGAUUUCGGGUCCAGCGUGAACUGCGAGCCGAAAGUCCCUUUUGUUUUAAACGGCUCUUGUGAGCGCGAAGAAGAAGAAGAAGAAGAAGACAAAGAAGAAGAAGAAGACAACAACAACAAAGAAGACAAAGCAGAUGUAACGACGAAACGAAGGGCAUCGUUAUCAUCGUCAAAAGCGAUGAUUUUGGGAAAGAGAAAACAGAUGAAUGGUAAACAAUUCGCGUGCGUGUUUGAUUGCUCCUCGGUGAAAGGCGAGCGGCAAUACAUGGAAGACCGAUGGAACGUCGUUCGAUCGAAGUGUAACCGCGUGGCGGUGUUUGGCGUGUACGACGGCCACGGCGGAUGCCAAGUGAGCGAACUGUUGGCGAAGACGCUCGGGGAGAAGAUUACCAGAGACGUCGGUCGAUUGAAGAGGAAACCGAAGGAGACCAUCGCGGAGGCGUUUCGAGAGGUGGACGAGGUGGCGGUGAAGGAAAAUCCGGGGAAGUGUCGGAGGAGUCAGGUGUCGGGGAAGUUGUUGGGGAGCCCCGGGGCGGGGUCGACGGCGAUUGUCGCCGUGGUGUGUUCGUGGGGGAAGGUGUAUUUCGCGAACGUCGGAGAUUCGAAAGCGACCGUAGUUCGAUUAGAAGAAGAAGAAGAAGAAGAAGAAGAGGAAAGAGAGAACGACGAAAACGACGCAAACGUGCGAGCGAGGGGAAAGAAUAAGGAUAAUAACAACACGCCUACGAGAGCAUCGUCGCGGCGACAGUCGUUGUCGCACAGCAACCGGUCGACACCAGUGAAACAAAGAUCGACAACGCCGGCGCGAAAACGACAACAAUUGAAAACGACAAAUAGCGAUCACGCAAAGAAUAAUAGCAAAGUAUUUUUCGAAACGCCCGACCAGCGCCCGGCGAGAGAAGAUGAGCGAACGAGGAUUAAUAAUAUUGGAGGGAAAAUUUUGAAAUCCAGAGACGGUUCGGCGCGCGUGGAAGGCAUUCUUGCCGUGACGCGAGCGUUCGGCAACGCCGGGAUUAAACAGUUUGUCGAAGCGGUGCCGGAAAUUUUCGAGUUCCCGAUUGAACAUUGUGGGACGGUUGUUUUGUGUACGGACGGUGUGACGGACGUGAUGAAUACGGAAGACGUGAGCUCGUUGGUCGCGAAAACCAUCGAGGACGACAAGCGCGCGCGGAUAGAACGACGGAAACGAAGAAUGAGUUUAAACAACAACGAGGUAGCGACAAAGAAUGGACGAAAUAGUAGACUGGGAUCACCGCACAAAGACUUGACUCUUCGAAACGAGCGCACGUCGUCGGAAACGUUGACUUCGGUUUCCAUCAAGCGACGAUCGAGAGACAACGUAACGGCAGUCGUGUUUCGAUGUAGCCAGAAUUUAUCCUCGUUCGAUUACAUUUUGGCAGAGACGACGACGACGACCACAACAGCGGCACAUAUUCACUCCGCGAUUGUGAAUCACGUGCGGACGGUCCCAACGUCGCCCGUACUAUCGCCAAUCAAGACCGACCUAUCGAAAGGAGGUGUCGAGAGCGAUGAAUUAGCCGUGCACUUGCGAGAGUCUGUGCAAGCGAUUUCGGCGGCGAAUACGCCUUCGCCAAACAAGAAGAAGAAAGCGAAGAGUAUUUCGUCGCCAAAUUCUCCGUUACCGUUGCCUCUGUCGUCAAAUAAGAAAGAGAAGAAGAAGGCGACGGAGCCAAAGGCGACUAAAAACACGAAAUCGCCGUUGGGUGUUUUGAAAAAGGAGGAGGUGCGUUCACCGACAUUGAACGCUUAA